AUGCGCUUUCUUCUUCUGGUCGUGCUCAUUUCGGCAGCAUCAGCUUGUAAAUUGAACGUGAAGGUCUUCACCACAUCCCCUGUCAACGUGUGGGCUCAGUUCACCUUUCCUAAUGAAACGACAGCCAGGCGACGAUCAGAAGCCACACAUCUAGUGAUCACUGGUGAGAACUGUGGUGCAAAGCCGACUAUCCUCAGGACAUACAAGGAGCCACCCAAUGCUAACGUGAAGAACAUUGGACAGACUUCGGCGUUGAUCGAUGGCGGUGGACAUCUUGAGUACCAGGUGAACGGUGACUAUUCGACUCGAAUGACAAUGCGAGUCUUGGUGACUUGCGGAUUCGGUGAUUGCGGAAGAGGAUGA